AAAUUUGGAAUGCUGAUGGAACCAUCCAAGGAUGCCGAACUCUAUCCUCCGCCACUCGAUGGAAUAUCAAAAGUUUGUUUUGGAACCAACUCUGCUUCGUAUUUUAUUCUUGCAUCUUCGUGGGCUGGUAGUAUAUCCGUUUAUGAUUCCGUUGAUGGAACUUUGCGUAUAGAGUUUGGGAAAGCCAACGAAAAUCCACCGUUGCUGGACUGUGCUUGGAUAGAUGAACGUCAAGUAGUCGCUGGAAACAGUUUAGGACAAGUUUUAUUAUAUUCUAUGCAGUCGACUUUACCAACUGAAGGCCAGUUGAUUGGACAACACACUGCUGGAGUUCGCUGUGUGGCUUACAGUGAAACUAUUGAAAGUGUUAUUACUGCUAGUUGGGACUCCUCUAUUCAAGUCUGGGAUAUUCGUGACAAUUUAUCGACAAGCAAAUCUUCCGCAAGUCUAACAGGAAAGGCGUUUGCCUUGUCUUUGCACCAGAACACUUGUAUAGUUGGUACAAGUAAACGCAAACUUGAGUUUUGGGAUUUACGCAAGAUGGACAAAGCUUGGAAUAUUCAAGAGUCACCCAUUCGCCAACAAAUACGCUCCAUAGCUUGCUCGCCCGAUGCAAAUCGUUUUGCAAUAGGAUCUACGGAAGGGAGAGUGGCUAUCCAACCUUUUCCUUCUUUAGAGUCGAAUGGAUUGGAAACGAGUUCACACGCUAGUUUCUCUUUCAAGUGUCAUCGACAGUCUGCAGGAGCUCCGGAUGGUGCUGACUUGGUUUUCCCUGUCAAUGUGAUAUGUUUUCAUCCUGUUUAUGGUACUUUUGCCACUGGAGGAGGUGAUGGAGUUGUGAAUAUAUGGGAUGGAGAUUCUAAGAAGAGAAUAUGUCAGCUGCGUUCUUUUCCUUGCAGUAUUUCCUCCUUAAGUUUUAGUUCAGAUGGAAGUCAGUUGGCGAUAGCUUCCUCCUAUACUUUCGAAGAAGGGGAACGAGAUCAUCCACCGGAUGCUUUGUAUGUACAUUCUGUUGCAGAUAAUGAAGUAUUGCCUCGUCACUUUCGCACAGAAUAAAAAAACAUUUGUAAAUAAUCACAUAGAAAUGAUUAGAUCC